AUGUGCUGCAGGGCGCUCUGGGUGGUCCUGCCUGUGCUCUCCCUGCUGGCGGGCUGUGCGCCAGGGAAGCCCCUGGAGAGCCGGGGGCGGGCGGCGGCGGGGGGAGAUGCCCACCGCUUUCUCGGGGGGCCCGGAGGUGAGCGGGAGGGGGGCACCUUCGACCUGAGGAUGUUCCUGGAGAACAUGAAGGUGGAUUUCCUGCGCAGCCUCAAUCUCAGCGGUGUCCCUUCCCAGGACAAAACCCGAGCGGAGCCACCCCAGUACAUGAUCGACCUGUACAACAGAUACACCACCGACAAGUCCAAGACCCCCGCGUCCAACAUCGUGCGCAGCUUCAGCGUGGAAGAUGCUGUCUCUAUCACAGCCACAGAAGACUUCCCCUUCCAGAAGCACAUCUUGCUCUUCAACAUCUCGAUUCCUAGGCAUGAGCAGAUCACCAGGGCCGAGCUCCGACUCUAUGUCUCCUGCCAAAGUCAUGUAGUCGCUUCCCAUGAGCUGAGAGGCAACAUGGCCAUUUAUGACGUCCUGGAUGGAGCAGAUGCCUGGGAUGCUUCUGCAGGAACCAAGACAUUCCUCGUGUCCCAGGAUAUUUUGGAUGAGGGCUGGGAGACCUUUGAGGUCUCCAGUGCUGUGAAGCGGUGGGUCAGAGCAGACUCUACCAAGAGCAAAAAUAAACUGGAAGUGACUGUGGAGAGUCACAGGAAGGGCUGUGACAAGCUGGAUAUCAGUGUCCCCCCAGGCUCCAAAAACCUGCCCUUCUUCGUUGUCUUCUCCAACGACCGCAGCAAUGGGACCAAGGAGACCAGGAGGGAGCUCCGGGAGAUGAUCAGCCAUGAACAGGACAGUAUGCUCAAGAAGUUGUCCAAGAAUGGUCCAGCAGAGGCAGGUGAUAAUAAGGAUGAGCACGGGGAAGGUCACACGGCCACAGGGUCAUCUUUAGCCAGACGGAAGAGGAGUGCUGGGGCCAACAACCACUGUCAGAAGACCUCCCUGCGGGUGAACUUCGAGGACAUCGGCUGGGACAGCUGGAUCAUUGCACCCAAGGAGUACGAUGCUUUCGAAUGUAAAGGUGGCUGCUUCUUCCCCUUGGCUGAUGACGUGACGCCAACGAAGCACGCCAUUGUGCAGACCCUGGUGCAUCUCAAGUUCCCCAUGAAGGUGGGCAAGGCCUGCUGUGUGCCCACCAAACUGAGCCCCAUCUCCAUCCUCUACAAGGAUGACAUGGGAGUCCCCACCCUCAAGUACCACUAUGAAGGGAUGAGCGUGGCAGAGUGUGGGUGCAGGUAG